AUGAAGCAUAGAGUCAGGAAAACGAAGAAAGCCCCUACCAUCUCACCACAGUCGAUUCCAAGUCUGGAGAGUCCAGCGGCAGCAGGGGCCCACAUCUCCGAAACUGAAGAUGAUACAAAUAAUCUACAGCCAUCAGGAUUACUUAACCACCAGGCGCUGGAGGGAAAGUUCUCUCUGGGCAAUAUUCUAAGUGCGGACCAGGAACCUGUGCAGCGACAGAGAAGCCGCAAUGAGUCACUUGAGGAUCCCAUUGAACUUGGGCUGAUCACUCCAUCUCUGGCAAAGUCUCUAUUCGAUAGCCAACUCGAUCCCUAUCUCCAUACCUUUACCUACGUCCGCUCCAAGUCUGCAUUUCUUUUGAGCUCCAUACUAGCCAUGUCAGCAAAGACUUUCAAUCACGUCUUGUAUGCUAAGCUCUAUGAUCACUCACAAGACCUCUUCGCCAACGUCUUCCGCCGAGGGAGCAAAUCCAUCGAAAUCGUGCAAGCAAUUCUCAUCCUCACCUAUUGGAAGGAACCGCAGGACACAAGAGUCUGGACCUCUGUUGGAUACGCGAUCCGUAUAUGUAUGGACCUGGGAUGGCACAAACUUACGCCUUACUCCCCGACUGCUGUUGCGGAGUCUGAAAUGCAAAAACGAGAACGACGGAACGUUGAGAGAACGUGGUAUGUUUUGUUUGUCUACGAUCGAAGCAUUAGCUUGCAGACUGGCAGGCCCUGGAUGAUUGACUGCACUGAGUUUAUCGAAUCAAUAGAAGACUGGUGCAACGGCCCUCUGACCAUUGACAAUGAUCAGCUUCUAGGCGCCUUUACUACGCUAAGAUUGGUCACCUCCGCUUCGUUUCCACUACUUGCUGCCAAGUCACGGCAGCGAUCUAUCUCGCUUAGUGAGACCGCGUCUCUUGUUGGCCUCUUAGAUGGCCGUAUUGAGCGAUGGGAAAGGAAGUGGACUGCAAAGGUCACGGCACAGACUGAACAAUCCUGCCAUGAGUUUCUCAUCCGCUUCUACGGUGCACACCUUCGUCUUCAGCUUCAUACCCUACCACUCCAUGGUAUUCUCGUCUCCGACAAAUCGUAUAUCAACCAUCAUAUUGACACAGUCUGGGUGGCAUAUAGCAGUGCCCUCAACAUGCUGCAGCUAAUUUCACGCUUUUCAGAGCAUGUCUGCUUCGCUCAAGACUCCAUCCAUGUCAUGACAGCUUAUAGUGCUGCAUUUCUCGUCAAGAUCACUCUUGUAUUUUCCGAUUUCAUAUCUGGCCAGCUCGAAUCAACCUGCACAGAGGCUAUUCAGCAAGCUGCACAGGUCUUCUCCAAUCAAUCCGGAUGCAUAAGCUCUAGUUGCACCCUGCAAGCAUCGUUUCUAGAAAGAGUCGCUAUGAAACUUACAGAGAACCAAACGAGACACAAGACACCCCAGGAAGACCAGCUUGACAUAAAUAGAGGGCCCAGUGCAGACUCAGAAGGCAGCUCAUCCUCCCAACGCCCCCUCGAUCUAGCAACCCUAGAUAUAUCAUUUCUAGCUCAGGAAAACCUGGACUUCCCUUUCGAGUGUGAUGAUAUGUGGGCAGAAAUGUUUGGAAUGAACACUCAAGAUGUAUCAUUCUUCCCACAAACAGAUUAA